UUCCCAUAAUCCCAACCCACAGGUUUUCUAUCCAUUGGAAUUGGGUUUGCCAGACAACGCGGGUCCAAGACAGUCCCACACAAAAUACUUAGAAAUCACCGCGACAAUCGUUGGAUUAAGUUGUUCCUGACAUCACAACGCACUGUUGACCACAUCAGAUUGCUCUGCUUUCAGCAUGGUGCUGCUGUAGCGCAAAGGACCACAGUCACUCGCCAUGCCUCAGUUACAAGACAGUCACUGGACUGUCUGGCUCAUCUGUUGUUUCCUCUCAGUGGUACACAUUCAUGCGCAAAAUGACUUGACUGUACCCCAGGAAGUGACCCUGACAACUAACAUGCUCAUGCAGCAAAUAUCCUUAUCCUGGUUGGGAAGCAGCGUCACAACGUUUGAUGUCAUGAUCCUAAGGCCUGAACUAAAUGAAACGGUCUUCUAUGACACUCAUUUGACUGUGAACAAGACAAAUGGUCGGUACGAGUGGAAUUGGACAUCUGCAGAACCUUUGGAAUGUACCUCAUUGUCUGUCCAAAUCCGCUCCAGAGAGGGGACAGCAACGAGUGACUGGAGUAACGCUCAGAUCCUUCAAGGAAAUGAUCUGCCCACUAAUGCCAAGUUCCAGUUUUACCCCCAGGAUAGAGUUGUGCUUGCAGGGAGCAGCACCACUUUCUGUUGCAUUGUUGCAGAAGGUCUGCGCUUCGGAUCGAUCCAUUACGGUGACGUAGCUCAGAACGCUACACGGCUCAGCCGGCGGAGUUAUAGCGUGACGGUGACUGACCAGCCUACAUCUAUCAUAUGGGGGACCAAUGUCCUCUGCCAGGACAUCGAGAAUAGUGGAAUGGCUGGAGCUGUGAUUUUUGUUGGAUAUCCACCUCUGCUCAGUGAUUUUAAAUGCGAGACUUACGAUUUGGUGUCAGCAGUGUGCCAGUGGAACAGGCGAGACACGCGAUUACAUGGAAAAAGGAGAACACGUUUCUCACUGAACAACAGGAAAUGUGCAGAGACCUCCCUGAUGGAGAUAAAGUCGUGUAAUUCUGAGCUCUGGGAAGGUAACUGGACGCUGGAAGCUGUGAAUCCUCUGGGACAGUACAGCGUAUUCGAUUCAGCAGACAUCCGACACAGGGUGCGCCCAGUGCCACCUUCAAACCUGAGUGCGGUGGUCAAUGCUUGGAAUGCCACUUUGCUGUGGACGUGGGAAUAUGGCAGUUAUGACUCCCUCGCACUUGCCUGCCAGGUCGACCUCAGCAAUCAGGGCAACGGAACAAAGCGCACCUUCACAGGUGCUGGACUAAGGUCAGUGCAGCUUUUGGAGCUCCAUCCUGAUGAGGAUUACAAUGUGAAAGUCCGCUGCGGUGCCCAGCAGAAUUUCUGGAAGUGGGGAAACUGGAGCGAGCCCCUUUCCAUCAAAACAAAUAUUGAUGUUCCAGAUCCACCUGAUGUUUGGAUGCAUAUCAACGAUGACAACACUGGUCAGAUCAUUUGGAAGCCCCUGACAGCUCGACAAAGCCACGGUCAGAUCACGUCUUAUGAGGUGACGGUCUGGAGCCCUGAGGAGAACCUGCAGCACACUGAAACUCUGACCCCCGAUUCUUUCACGCUGUCAGUCAACCUCACCCAAAUGUCGGCCUUCACCAGUGACAACCAGAUUAUGGCAACUGUUAUUGCCAAGAAUGCUGCUGGAGGCUCGUUGCCCACAAGUGUCAUUAUACCUCUACGUGUCGAAGACAAGACUCCCAUCGUUGAAACCAGAGUGAAUUACACAGACAGAGGUUUUCACCUGAUCUGGCAGGACGAAACCAACUCAAGCUGCGGUUAUGUCAUCGAAUGGCACAAUGCACUCUGCCAGCGAGACUGCUCUGUGGAGUGGGUCAAACUACCAAUUGGCAGCACAAAUGCCUCUAUUUCGUCAGCCAAUUUUCAGCCAGGUGUGAGGUACAACAUCUCCCUGUUCAGCUGCUCUUCAGAGCUGCUGCAUCGUUGGUACGGCUACACUCAGGAGCUGGCUCCCUCCAGAACCAUCCCCCAUUUGUCGAUCAGUCAGCAGGGCUCAGACAUUCUCUUGACAUGGGGAGUCAUGCCGGAGGUCAGCAGGAGAGGGUACAUCGUCGGCUACAACGUUUACCUCAGCAAUGACUCCCAACUUGUGCAAUUAGCCAACAUUUUGGGAGAAGACAGCAGGAAGUACACAGUUAAGGGUCUCUCUGAGGGCACCUAUAAAUUCACAGUCAAAGCUUACACCUCAGCAGGCGAGGACACAGGUGCCACCACUUCCAUCACAGUGCAGCUGCUUGCUGAUUGGCUCAUCCUGGAAAUACUUGCAUCUCUUGGAGCUACUGCAUUACUGCUGGCCAUUGUCACCUUCCUUUGCUAUAAGAAACGAAAAUGGGUAAAAACGGCCUUCUAUCCUGACAUACCUCAGCCCAAACUGAAUGAUGACUGGAGCAGGACACGGGGCCUGCUAGAUGUGAGUGCAUCGCCCCACAAUCCUGUGCAUGUUGUAGAAAAGCCCGAAAUGGAUUCCUUUAAAGAAGUGCUGGUCGUCAUUCCCGAAGAAGAUGAGGAGGAAGAGGAUCAGAUGAUUGGAGAUGAGCCGGCUGACACGGACGAGCCCUCGUCAUUACGCUACUACAACCGAAUGGUUGACGAGCGGCCCAUAAGGCCACGCUAUCCAGACUCCUCGGACUCUUCUGUUUCUUCGAUGGACUCUGGGCAAACCGACGUGACCUACACAGGAAUCCAAACUUCAGCAUCAUCUCUGGUCUUCCAGACAGAUCGACAGCUUUCUUCCGAAGUGGAAAUGGCUGCGAACGGAGGGGGUUACCGCCCACAGAGGCAAGCGAUGUCAUCAAGUGACGCCUCGCGCCCGAUGGAUCUACAGUCUUCCCCAGAGCCCCAAGCUGCCUGCUCUGGAGGCUAUAAACCCCAAACCUCUUGGCAUUCGGACUCACCUGGGGAGGCGGAGGAGCGGGACCGCCCGGCACCUUGUUUGGGCUCACCGACCUCCGUAGCUUCCACUCAGUUCCUCCUACCCGAUGGUGAAUCGGACGAACACGGCGAAGAGAAACGUCCGCUCUCCGCUUCCGCAGCGGGCUGGUUCUCCAACUUGCUUUCCUCUGCAAAACCGUGACAUCCUCUCAUUAGAAGCUGCAGGGCCAACAGGUGGCCCUAACAUUUUGACACUCAUUAGUUUACCAGUGACGUGCAUAAAACUGCAGCAAGCUACACCUGUCAGGCCAAAACAUAGUUUACCAUUUUGAUGUAGCGGUUUGUUCUUUGAAAGCAGGUAAAUAUAAUGUUUAAAAAACAAAAAAGAACACAAGACUCAAGUGUGAGUCACAUAUUUCCUCACGUAGUAGUCCGUGGCAUUAAUUUGCUCAUUAUUUCGCAUUAAAAUGCAUAACAAGUGCUUUUGCUUUAAAAUUCAUUGCAUAUUUCAGCUUUACAAAGAUGCUACUUGUGCUGUGCAGGCAGUGUGUGUGGGUAUACAAAUAGUCAUAGUACUAAAUGUAAAAGGGAAAAAAUAAGACAUGCAAUUAGAGCAGAGGCCACUAUUUGAGGAAAUAUGGUACAGACUGUCUAUAUGACUAGGGGCAUUAAGCACUGACUUGUUCCAGCUUUUAGUUGGCAUUUUAUUUUUUAAAAGUUUCAUUUUUACUUGUGAUUUCAAUGGAAAAACAUUAGAGAAUGAAAGUUAUUUUAAAGCCAAACAGUUCCACAUGUAUGUACUUGUUGAGACACUACAAGGGAACACUUUUUUUGUUUGUUUUGUUUUUGUCUGGUGUGAAUGGAAUGGUCUGUUAAUUGUCUUUUGAGUGGCCCUCUCAUGAGAUGAUGCCCUAUGCACUUUUUAAUAAGUUGAAUUUGAGACACAAUCAGAAGGUGAUUUAUUUUACUCUCUGGAAUUGUCUGGACGAUGACACUAAUGAUAUAAGCUAGAACAUGAAUACGACGUCAUGUAGUGAACAAAUGCUAUGUUACUUUUAAUGGUUUACAUUUAUCCUCCUAGUUUCAUUGGAGUAGUAGGAUUUUUAUUGUAAAUGAUUUACAGGCCAGUCUUUUUGGAUAAUCACAGUAAUGUCACAUGUGGAACAUUGCUUGAUUUUCAGAAGCUUUCCAAUGUUUUUUGUUAUUUCAUCACACUAUAUGAUGAUGUUUUAAUGCUUCCAGUUAUUUGCAUCAUGUCACCUUUCACGAACUGCCUUGCUUUUAAACAUAAAUCAAUAUGCAUCAUGGAAAAUAUAAGGUCGACCGAUGUGGGAUUUUCAAAGCCCGAUACAGAUUAAAAAAUAAAUUAAGACGAUUGCUAAUGUCUAAAGCUGAUUUUGUAAGCUGAUAUUGAAGGCCGAUAUGCUUUUUUAGUUUUUAUUUCUGAGAAGCUUAAAUUGAUCAACUGUGACGGCAUUGGUGGUAAUAACGUGAGUGAAACUGGAUACUUUGCUGGUCUAUUCUCAGGCAGUCCUUUUUGCUUUGACUACUGAGAAGAAUCUUCGUUUAGCGAUGCUGAUGUUUUGCAAGAAAUCAAUAGACUGGAUCGAAUCUAAAAAGCUUCAGCUGAUUGUCAAAUGACUUCUAGCCGAUAUGAGAUCAUGAAACAGGAUAUAGUUUUGAAAUUUUUAAAACGAGAUGCUCAUUGUUUACUGCUUUGAAAUACUAAUGAGACGGUAUGGUGAUGUUUUUUUUUUUUUUUUUUUUUUAAUGUUAUUCUAUGGCACCCUGUUUUACACUAAAAGUAUUUGCUGUACAUGUACUGUAUCAUCUCACUCUCACGCAGGAAAUAUAGUUUACACUAUAAUCAACACAUAUGAAUGUUUGUUAAAGACGACGCUUGUAAUUGUCUUCCAAUUAUAGCUUAGUCUGCUUUCAAGCAGUAUUGUAUUGUCAGAUCCUUACGUAGUCUUGCAUAAAAGCAGAAAACUGCUUGUGUAGAUGACAUCAGUACAGUACGCUUGCUGCCUUACGUCCCAACCUUGUAAAUGCAUGCUGUCUGUCAUUGUUACAGAAUUGCAAUACUUUACCCACUUCAAAUCCUAUGGCUUUAAAACUAACACUGACUAAUGCUGUGCAUGAUUAUGACUAAGAAUGCACCUGUAAAUACUGAGAUUGUUGAAAUGGCUCAAAUUCUCUUGAUUUUGACGAGAAUAUUCUCAUGGUUGUCAUUCCUGAAGAGAAAGGUGAAUAGGAUAAGAAAAAGUGGACUCUUUCUGAACCCAAUGCUUUAUGUCGACACUUAUACCAAGCUGGAAUCUUACUCAUGUAAAAAGAAUAAAAGCUAAUUUGUCUGGCUUUUUGUCUGUC